GUUAGAAUUGGAUUCACCUGUCAGAGUAGCCUAUAAAAACAUAUCAGAAUAACAGGUUAAUCAUUCUCAUCACGACUGGGAGAACUGAAGAGAAGCAGACAUGAACACAAGGUGGAUCAUACUCGUCUCUUCUUUGUUUUAUUUGCUGCUUCUGAAUAAUCAAGCAGAAGCCUAUGGUUGGUCGAAACCAGUGGGCAAACGGCGCUUUCUCCUUGAAAGAAUCGUUCAGGUAUUUGGCUGUUACUGAGUUCAGAGAGGUUGACUAUUGUGAAAGUUUGUGAAAAUGAAGUUCUCAUUCUUUCUCUUGCAGCACCAAGAUCCAAGUCUGAAAAAUACUGUGCCACCGUAUAAACAAUCCAGCCCAGUCGGAAGAGAGGUUCGUCAAAAAGAGGUCAGUUGGUGUUUUAAUUAUGAUGACAUUUAAUAAUCGUGAGCGAACUUACCGAGCAGUAAACCAGCAGCAUUAUGCUGGUUAAAUAAAAUAGAAUUUAUAAUUUGGAUUGUAUUGUCCCAAGGAAAACAUUCCAAUAGUCAGCUUUGUUCGUCUUGGAAUCUACAAACUGUCAGUAUGUCAUACUACGCUCGACUAAAAGAUGCAACGUGAUCAAAAAUCGGUAAUUGCAGAGCGGGGAAACGACUUGAUCCAUUGUAAGGUUUAUUUCUGGUGAUCAAUUGAUUUGUCACUGACGAAUUACAACUAUUUUUGUCUCUUUUGUUAGAGAGAAGACCCGAAUCUGGAGGCUGACGAGUGGGUGUACUGAGGUGAAACGCCCACUCGCCUGGCUCGCGGAUAAA